AUGCCGAACAUUAUGUCUGUGUGUUUUCGGUGAGGCCUUCAGGAUCAUCACCUGCCUCUCCGCCCUGACGUCCAGCUCUCUUCUCACUCUCCCCUGAAAUGUGCUUGCCUAAUGCAGCUGCCCCAGAAUAGCAACCUGGGGGCGUCUUGGCUGCCCCCGUCUCCAAACUUGAGCCUCCCUCCUUAGCCCUCGACCCUUCCAUCUCCUUAUUGAGUGCCAGCUGGGGGAGGGCGGGAGGGGGGCCACCAGAGAGUCACGGACCCUGCCCCAGCGCGGGCCCCGGCCUCGCCUCCGAGCGAGGUCCUCGGCCAAUGAGGAGGCCUCGGGGAUCAUGUGUCACUAUAACAGAAGGACAUAAUCAGCGCGGUAAGUUUGCAGAACCUUACAGCCUGUCUUGGCCAGCAGGGAGCUCGCUUCUGUCAGCUUUUCUGAGGUAAGAACGAGAGAGAGUGGGAGACUGUGUGAGUGUUUGAGAGAGAGAGAGCAAGUGCUGAAAAAGUCCAAUAAACAUCACCACAGCGAGGACAGCUGAGUCCACAUGUGUUAAAAUCACUGCCAUGAUUAGUAGAAGCUGCGGAGGUCAGGGGUGAGAACGGGAACAGGCCUCAGAGAGUUUGACGCUUCUUGAAAUCCGGUUUUUGCUCGCAGACUGGGACGGGGUUCUGGAUUUUUGUUUAGAUUACAGGUGCUUAUCUGGUUUGCUGAGCGAGAUUCAAUCUGAGGAUCUAUGAGGAAUAAAAUCAAAGUCAUUUAAAAAUACUCUAUAUGAGCUCUUUGGUUAAUUUCAGACAAAAAAGUCAUUAUCUUUAAAAGGUUUGAUGCAGUUUGAACUUUUGAAUCUUUGCUUGUUUGAUUGAUUUUCUGAUUCGUCUUCGUGAUGCAGAAACUUUGUCUGAGAUGAAAAUUCGAAGCUCUCAAAGGUGUAAAAUCUGCUGCUAUCUUAAAGACGUUGUUGUUGUUGUUCUUGUGCCGCCUUGGUUCUGGUCCAGGGCUCCAGCGGAGGUUCAUACCUGAGGGAUUUACAGAUGGCUUAAAGCCUUUGAAGCAGCUUUCAGCUUCGGCAGCCUGAAGAUGACACUAAUGAGUUAUGCAACCUCUCGCCAACAGAGGCGAGGAGCUGUGUUGUUAUUCUUGAUAUUUUAAUCGGGGCAUUGUUGCGGUUUUUCUCGGAUUAUGAGUUGAUCGCUGAUGACAAUUAGAAAAAAGGGCGUGGCACAUUCAAGAAAACCGCUUCGGGAUAAACACUUGACAGGAGCCAAGGGCCUCCAGACUGGAUUGUACAUGACUUCCUCUCACUCGGAGUCGUUUCCCAGACUGUUAUAUCACACAAAGCUUAAAGAGAAGUCCUCAGUUUGGGAUUCACGAGAGUUAAAGAGCGGUACAAGCGGUCCAGGCAUGAGCCCUCUGACCUUAACGCCUCCCGUUCGGGGUUUAUUUUAAUUCCUGAGCAAAGUGGCCUCAGUCAGCAGGGGGCCUCUGGGAGGAUGAUUGAAGGAACCAUGUGAGAGCGAGACGUCCACAUAAGGAGAUGAAGGUGGAAUUAUGGUCGCUGGAACCCAAUCUUCAUCAUCGGGCCUGCUGAAACCGGAUCUGCGGGCCGGUGCAGCUGUCUGAUGGAAAUAGUUGUGAUGUCGGGACGCCUUCAUGGUGGCCUUAAAGCUAAUGAAGCUAAUGUGCAACUAAUCCCAGGUCUCAUCACUUCUAGAUGAAGUUAGGAACAAAUUCAGGUCAUGUUUGUUGGUUUUUAACUGGUUCUAAUAAUAAAGCAUCUUUACAGCCUUGGCGCGGACACUGGAAGAGGCUGACCUGUACCCUUUUUUAUGUCCCUCCACCUCCUCCGGUCAAAAACAGACUUUGGCAUAAAUCUAUGUUUGGCUUCCUUCUCAGGUAUCAUUAGGGAUGCAGAUUCAGGCCUGAGGUUCGAAUUUCAGUCUAAUUAUAAAACCAAAAAUGACUGAAUGUGGUCUGUGUUAGAGCUCUCUCCAAUCUUUGAAAUCAGUCGAUAUAAAAGGGUAUUUGACUUUUUUGGUGAUGUUGAAAUAUGUGCAGGCGAGGAGCAGGUGCGGUUUGGUCAGGGUGGGGCGGCGGCAGAUAUUUAAGACAUUUGCAACUUAAUCCUGAGCUAUAAAUACAGCAGGCUGCCGGGGUCGCUCCUUCGAACCGACUCUAAAAUUCCUCUCUUCUCUCUCACCUCUAGGUUGCAAAGUCCACUGUCACCAUGUCUGACACUGAGGAAGUGUAAGUACAAUUCAAACAUUUUAGCCAAAAUUCAAACCUGUAAAGUUUUUAGAGCUAAAUCUGAAGUGCGUCCUUGUUUUUUGUGUCUUGCAGUGAUCAGGUCGAGGGUAAGUAGCGCCUUUUUCCCCCUUUUUUAGAUCCAAAUGAAGUCCCCGUAGAUUUAGGGUCCAGGUACAGCCCGGAGUUCCAUGCUAAAACCGAGUUUUAUUCCUGAACCUUGCCUAACUGAUUUUCCAUCCUCUUCAGAGAGUUAUUUGCACUGGAUAAGUUCAAACGUUUGCAGGUUUGGCUUGACUCCUCCAGAUUCAACUCGUUGCAAUAAUAAUAAUAAUAAUAAUGCCCUCUCUCUCAUUAAAGCAAAUCCGCGCAGCCAUUAUCCUGCCGCUGUUGCAUGGUUGCAGGCGCCAUUGCUGGCAUCAGGACAGUGUCGAAAAGUACUGUGUGAAACCAAAAACUGCAAAGUUUACGCCACGACAGCACUACACUGACCUGUUGGCAACAAGCCCUGCAGCUCUGCAUGACCACUCUGCAUGACCGGUCCUCCUGAGCUGAUAACCCUCCAGACGCAGGACAGAUCGUGAGGUUUUGACGCCACUUUUCUGUCCCGUCUGUCAGUUUCAAUCAGCUCAGGAGGACUGCGUUGUGUAUGCUUAGCAUGGAUCCCCAGUGUACCCAGGUUUUGCAUUCAUACUUGUGUAAAAUUGGGUACAAACGGGAUCUUUUGAUAAUGUUCUUCUGCUCCUUUCUUUCUCGGACGGACGUGAAGAAUACGAUGGUAAGACGCAGCCCGCAGAUCCGGGUGAUCUCAUGUCAUUGGUACUAAUGUGUCAGUCACUUUUGGAAACGUGUGCUCUUACUUUCUCAUGAACCUUUUUGGUGGCAUGCUGGUUAACACUAACUGUUAUUCGAGAUCGAUGGUGAGACGCAGGUUGAAUCAGCAGAGCAGGUUAUCUCUCUUUGCAGUGAGUUGAAGUGCAGGUACCUCAGGAGUCCAUCACACGUCAUCCAUCACUGACCUUCCAUCAAUGACUUACCUUUUCCCUCUUGUAACUGCUUGCUGUCUCACUUGCUUUAGCGCCAUCUGGUGGCAGUUUUCCUAAACUGCCCUGCAGUAAACCUCCUUAUAUCUCACAUUCCCUCCCCCCCUGUCAUCUACUCACCCUGACCUCCCCCCUCCACCUCUCCCCUGUUCCCUCUCUCCUGCUUCCAUUAACCAUCUCACCGCCCUUCCUCUCCCCUGGUGACUCGCUGCAUGUUGUGUAGCCGUAGAAGAGGAGGUAGUAGAGGAAGUAGAGGUGGCCCCAGAGGCGGCCCCUGAGCCAGAGCCAGAACCAGAACCAGAACCAGAACCAGAGCCAGAACCAGAGCCAGUGGUAGAACCAGAGCCAGAACCAGAACCAGAACCAGAGCCAGAGCCUGAGCCUGAGCCUGAAGGUAUGUGGCAUGGAGGGGGGGAGGGGGUAUUCUAUCAUCCUUUCCCAGGCAACAGGUGCGCUCCACCGGCUGCAGCCAGCCAGACAGACCCCACUAAUCCUGAUCCGCACACAUGAUCACCAUGUCUGCUAAUGCUAACGCUACCUUCCUUUCACCUCUGCACAACGUCGAAGACGAACGCAGCACUCUCCACAUUUUCAUUUUAAUAAUUAUCAACAUUCACUGAGACAGUUUUACCAAAGUCACCUGACCAAAACAAACAAAAAAAACAUAAAUUUACUCUGAAGCUCAAGUUCAGGCUCACAUGAAGAGCUCAGGUUAGCUUAUUUUCUACACACUCUUUUUUUAAUUUUUCAUUUAUUCAAUAAAUGUUACUAAAAUAGUUUUAGAGAUACUAUGUUUUUUUAAAAGGUGGAAUUUGUAUCUUAAAUGUUAAAGUAAAUUAAAAUACAACAUGAUUUUGUUUUCAGCUAUGUUAGAAAUGCGUCAUGCUAACAGGUUAGUAUAGAGCGUAAAACUUGAAAAACUUAUUUUUUAGAUAUUCCAACAUGUCUUAGCAUUUAGAUCUACACCUUAUAUUUCUAUUUCAAUAGUCUUAAAUAAAGUUUUCUGAUAAAUUGACUGACUUUUUAUUUAAUGCUAAUGCUAAUGCUAAAAAAAGAAUCUAGCAAAUGAAACUUUGUUUAUGGUCACAAACAGUUAAAGCCUCAAACUUUUAUUUGUAAUUUAAAUGUACUUUAAAACACUGAGUGCUGGUGAGUUAAAAUCUUUUAUUAAAUAACUUUGAUUUUUAAAAUUAGGAUCUUUGGAAUUAAAAUAUUGUAACAGUUUUCUACAGUAAGAGUCCCUUUAGAUUUUUUAAUUGUAUAUUUUACUAAACAUUCAAAAAGAUUUAAGGAAUAUUUUGGUAACAUUAUAAAAAAAUGUUUAUCUUAAAUUAUAAAAGAAACUAAAGUUGUGCUAACGGGUUAGCAUACAGUUUAUAAUCAAUGCAAUAUGAAAGUCUUUCAAAUAUUUAAAAAUGUUUAAUUUGACAAAUUUUAAGUUUUAUACAUAAAAAAUCAUUAAAUAAUUUUAACAUCUUAAUUAUAAUUUAGGGCAUUUAUUUUCAUGACUACCAAAAAUAAUUUUAAAAAACUUUGCGAACUUUUUUUUAAAGCUUAAGUAACUUCACGUAAAGAAUUUAUUUGAACAUGAACAACAAUCAAACAUGGUACAAAUUAAAGACAUAAACACAAAUAAACCCUAAAAAAAAGAAAGAAAACAAAACCAGAGAGUAAAAUAAUUUUAGCUUAAAUUUAGUUUCCCGCCAGAUUAAAUAUUCUAAAAAAAACCAAAAAAAAACAAGGAGCUUAAAAUGAUCACAAAAAUGAGCUGUAACAUUCGACAUAUUGAAAUAAUUUUAAGAACCUGAAUAAGAAUAAGAAGAACUUUAUUAUUUUUUUAGAGUUUAAAUGAAUAAAAGAACAGACACACUGACUUUUUCAGUCUAACACUACUUAUACUGUUGUUCCACAUGUACCCUAAGUACUCGUAUUUAGCGUACAAGAAGCUUUUUUAUUUUAAUCCGAUGAAGGUGAACGUCACAUCCCUUAAAUGCUGUAUAUUGAGCUGCUUCUUUCAAGGGACUGAAAAAUGUAAACAUGUAAAUCUAAAAAAAACAUCAAGAUAAUUUUUUUUCUCUUUGAAAUGUUUUUAUCCUGCUCAAGUUCUUCAGACUGAUGUCGUAUUCAAGUGAUAUUCUGUAAAGAGAAUUUCAAAUCUAGAAAACCUCAGAAAAAUUUGGAUUGGUGAUAAACUAUUCGACAGUAAAUCCAAACCUGUGCAAACUCAACAUCAACUUUCAUCCACCAAAUUCGAUCAACUUCCAGUUUCCAUGUUGAGUUUUUACAAUACCACUUGAAUGCAGAACUAAAUAUUCAUUUGGAGGUCGAAUAAGCACUUCUACAAACUUAGACCAGGAUGUUGUAAAUUCUCAAAUAUCUACCUCACUUAAAAUGAAACACAAACGGGAAGUGUUUUGAAAUAUUUUGGCCACUUUAACUGCCUUUCAGCUAACGUAAAAAAACUGACAUUUCAUCAGAAAUGCUUUAUAAUCACUUUAACACGAGCAGUUAGCAAUCCUGCGGGCCAAAAAUAUUGAAUUUGUGGUAUUUAUUUGAGAAUUGACAAACGUAGAAGCUGCUAGUUAACUGCCUUAAUCUUGUAGUUUCACUGUUUUAUUAUUUUCUUAAAGUAAAUUAGCUGCUCUUAACGUGCCUGCUAACACUCUUAUCUGUUCUGCUCUUGUUUUGGAUGCUUGCUGCAUGCAGAGGCCUAUGAAGAGGAAGGUAUGUUCAUUUAAAAAUCUAAUCUCAAAAUCUGUCAUUCUGGUUUUGGGGGGACAACAGUGUCCAGGUCUGACGUCUGUUUUUAGGAGAACAAACGCCUGCUGUUCACGACAUGUCUGUCCAAAUUUUAUCUGUCUGUCGCAAAAAAAAGGAGCGCUGCCCAAUUGGCACAAAGACAUUAUAAACUGGAAUCUUUAAAAGAAAUUUUAAAGAAUACUCAUUGAAAAAGUUUUGAGAAAUGCUAAAAAUGCUAGCGGAGAAAAAGGGUGAAAGAAUAUGAAAUGCUAACACGUGCUACACUGCGCAGCGACCCCACCGUUACUCUCUUGCUGUGCCCCUCAUCAUCUGCAUGGCAUGGAGCCUUCAGAAUCUGGGUUAAGUCUUAAAGAUGAACAACUAUCAUGGGAAGGUGUCCAGGUAGAAGCAUUUUGGGGUCAAGCCAAAAGAGAUAUGUUGUUUAUCCUACUCUUAAAGGACAUGGGUAGAGUUAAUCUUUGUUUAAAUUCUGCACUGGGUUACGUCACUCUCAGCCAAACGGUUCCUGGGAACUUCACAAUCCCCUUGGUAAAAAAAGACUUGUUUGUUCUUCCAGUAGAUUCCUCUAAAUCUAACUCUAACUUAUAACAACUUUACGUUUUUAAUCUUGAUCUAAUGUAGAGACAAAACCAUGCAUUUUAACCAUGUAAUGCCUGGUAAUCUGCUUCGUUCUAACCCCAUGACAUGUACUUGUCCCCUCUUCAUUUCCUAACCUGCAGAGGAGAAGCCAAAGUUCAAGUAAGUUCCUCUCUUAUGUACGUAAUAUAAAAGCGAUAAUACACGCUCCUAAAACACGCACACCUCUCCUCCUUCAGACCCAGCGCUCCCAAGAUCCCCGAUGGUGAGAAAGUGGACUUUGAUGUAAGUGGGUGUGGAAGGACGACCUGAGAGUAGAGUCAGUUUUGAGCGUGUCUGUUCGGCUGAGUUUUACGGGGUUUUUUUUGGCUCUACAGGACAUCCAGAAGAAGCGUCAGAAUAAGGACCUGAUCGAGCUGCAGGCCCUGAUCGAUGCUCACUUUGAGCACAGGAAGAAGGAGGAGGAGGAGCUGAUCGCCCUCAAAGAGAGAAUCGUGAGUGUUCGGAGAAAUCACGAAACCCUCACGAAAGAUUCUGUAAUCACAGGGAGUGAAAACGAAUUUUCCUUCGACUGUUUGAAACUUACUUACUUAUCACUGGAAGUCUACUUGAUACACGCCACUUUUCUCUCAUUCGUGACCAUUAAAACAUGGCGAUGUAUCUUCACCCAAACCACGACCUUUGCCCUAAUGUGGUGAGGUAGUUUUCGUUCUGUAUCCUCACGAAAACCACAAGUUUGGUAACAUUGGUAGGGUGAUUAAACGUCCUCUUUUACCCGGACAUGUCCUCUUUUUUAGGGGCUGUCUGGUCUUGUCCGGGAGAGUUUAUAAAAUACUUCAAAUGUUCGCGGUUUUGUACGAAAGUUUUGGGUUUGUGUGGCGUGGACUUACUGAGUUAGAAGCUCAUAAAAAACACUCGACCGGACCUUAAAAACUCAAAAUUUACUUCUCACGACUUCAUGACUCCGUACCCGCGUAGUCGUGUCCUUUUUGGGGGAUUCAGAAUAUGGUCACCCUAAACAUUGGAGUAUUUAAUUACUUAGUGAGGUUAAUUAAGGCAAAGACAGAGUUUUUAGUUCAAAACACAAAACAAAACGAUGGAAGUCCAGUCACACAAGGUCAGUCUAAGACGAAUCAAAUAACUUUUCCACCAGACACGAGUAAGUCUCUGUUUUUCUAAUCUAAAUGACACCCUGAGCAAACAUUUCCAUCUACAAAAGAAACAUUAGUCUGAAGUUCAUGCUAACAGUACAAAAGUUAGAAAUACGUCAAACAUUUAGCUUAGCUUGCAACAAAGACUGGAAAGUGCCGGGAACAGUCCAUGAGGCUCGAUUGAGAAUCAGUAUUUCAUUAUUUUAAGCUGCUUUAAAUUUGACUAAUUCAUAAAUUCUUCUUGAGUUUAAUCAGCUCUUAUUCCGCUCAGUAUAAAAACUAGAAACCAGGGUUAACUAGCUAAAUAACUGUUUUAUUCGAUAUUUUGCUCAUAUAGCCGAGCAAAGACCAAAAUAUUUCAUAAAACACCUUUAAAAUUGACGGGUUAAGGAUAAGUUACGUAUCGUUGUCUGGUGUCUGUGGGGGUUCGGUUGUUGUGUUGAAUCUCACCGUGUGUUUUUGGUGUUUCGUGUCCGUCUCGCAGGAGAAGCGUCGCGCUGAGAGGGCCGAGCAGCAGAGGGUCCGUGCUGAGAAGGAGAAGGAGCGCCAGGCCAGACGCGAGGUUCGUGCUUCAGAAUUUAAACAUUUCAUUUGUGUUUUUGUUUGUUUGUUUGUUUUUUUCCUGGUAAUCUCUACAGUUAAAAUAAUUAAAGCUUAAUAAUUUACAGUGAUAUCGUGGAGCGCCAAUUCUUAUGAAAAAAAAGGAUCAAUUUUCACCCAGAUGAACCUCUGACAAACUUUAGUAUUAUUCUUACAAGAGUUGACAUUUAAUUUAGGUGUAAACUGAAUUAUUAAUAUGAGUAUUUACACAUUUUAUUACCUGGAUGAUUUAUAUCCCGUAUAAUUUUUUGUAUCAUAUUUGUAUCUAUUUUUCUCUGUUAAAAUCUUCUGACUGAUUUCCAUGUUUUUGUGUCUAAAUGAAGGUUUGGAGUCGGUACUUUGAUCUCUCAGUUAUGUAGAUGAAUCUGGAGGUCUCACUCUGAGUUUUUCUCGUUUCCUAAAACAGGAGGAGAGGCGAUGCAGGGAGGAGAGCGAUGCCAAGAAGAAGGCUGAUGAAGAGGCGAAGAAGAAGUCAGCUCUGUCCAGCAUGGGCUCCAGCUACAGCAGCCACCUGCAGAGAGUCAGUGUCACCAUAUCUGUGUUUUAGUAUCAGUACAGACGCAGUGAUAGGUACUCCUCAGGCCUCAGACUAGGAUCUAAAACAGUAUCUGAACUUCUCUGAACAGGCUGACCAGAAGAGAGGAGGAAAGAAAGAGACUGAGAGAGAGAAGAAGAAGAAGAUCCUCGCCGCCAGGCGCAAGCAGCUCAACAUCGACCACCUGAACGAGGACAAGCUGAAGUAAAACUGACUCACACACGCCUGAGCUCUUUCUGAGAGGGUGUAUGAAGAUAAUGUCUUUGCUCACGCGAGUGUGUCGACGUGUUUCUCCUGCAGGGAUAAGAUCACCGAGCUGUACGACUGGAUGAAGCAGCUGGAGUCUGAGAAGUUCGACCACAUGGAGAGACUGAAGAAGCAGAAAUACGAGGUGAGAAACUCGUGUAUGACUGUGAAUAAUUUUAGGUUUCAUUCUGGGGGGAUUUCUGAGACCCUGAAAUGAAGAACCUGAGCCCGGUUAUAACGCUCAGACUCGUGGGUCCAUAUCUUCAGUCACUGUCAUAGUUACUCAAAAUCUUUUAAAAUCUGAUGAAAGGUAAAAAAAAAAAAAAAAAGGUAGAAAAGAAACAGAAAUAAUCGUUUUCUUUAUUAUCACCUUUCAUUUUCAUGACACUACAGGUUUACUGUAAUCUCAAUUUUGCAGAUUUCACCUCUUUAAUUGACACUUUCUCUGAUUUUACCGGCCACAUGUUGUUGUUAUUUGUUGUAAUUUUCUUGUUGUUGGCCCCCGGGGGCCCUCGAGAGCCCACCUGUGUUCACAGCUGAGCCCCUGACCUGCUCUCUGAUUCCCUCCAGGUUACAACCCUGCGUAAGAGAAUUGAGGAGCUCAGUAAAUUGUAAGUAGAGCUCAGCAGGGUGUUUGCCUGUUAGCUUCAGGCUGGCUGCAUGUUAGCAUGGAGGAAAGUUAGAGUCAGAGCGCCACCUGCUGUCUGAAGGAGGAGAUGACACAUCACCUGAAAACAAAAACUACAAAAUAAGACAAAAAAAAAAGACCAAGAGUUUGAUUCAAAAAUUAACAUUUACUGAAAAUCUUCUUUUUAAAAGUAAAAGAUUAAACUGUGAUUUAAAAUAAUUUGUAAUUUAUUUUAUAUUAAUAUAACUUGAUCUAGAAUCAGUGAGCUGUCUGUGUCAAGUUAAAAUCUCGAAAAGGAACAAUUUAUGACUUCAGAGAAGUCAAACCUUAUAGAAAACUUAUAGAAAAAAUGAAGAUUUAUGAUAAAUUAGCAAAUUUAUAGGAUGAAAGUCAUUGAUAUGCCAGAAUAAAUUCAUCAAUCUUCAAAUUUACUUUAGUGACUGUAAAACUUUUUUUCUCUUAAGAUAAAAUUUUGGAAAUAAAUGACUGUUUUACUGAAGACACUGAGCAAACCAACGUUCUUGCUGCUAAAUUUAUGACUUUUUACAAAAUUCUAUUUUUUUAGUUCCUGAUAAAAUCAUCAUUGUCCUUACCUAUCAACUCUAAUAACUUAAGGUAUUUAAUUUAAAGGAAAAAAGUUGUAAAAUUACCAGAUUCAAGACUUUAAUUUUUAGAAGAAAUAUGUAAAUUAACAAGAUUAUUCCAGUAAAUUAAACAUUUUCUAUUUUUAACCAUAAAUUUGUUAUAAUUCAAUUUAAAAAAUAUAAUAUAAUAAUAUAAAUAUUAUAAUAUAAUAUAAAUAUAAUUUAAUUUUAUAAUUUUAGAAAAUAAAAAUUUAACCUGUAUUCUAAAAUUUUAACCUUUUUCUUUCACAACUUUAUUCUUAAUAAUUAUUUCAUUUUUUAAACAUUACAAAUUAACUGAUAAACUUACAACUUCAUUCUUAAAAUUUCUUUUUUUUUUUUGACGUCUUAAUGUGACUUUAUUGCUAUCUUCUCUUUGUUAUUUGCUAUUCUUCUCCUGUCCUCCAAUCCAGCUGGUGGCAGUAGUGUCCCCCUAAUCUGGAUCAACAAUCUUUAAUAGGUUUUAGAGAGUUAAAUCUACUCAGUUUUAUCUGUUAGUAAAAUCUGAAAUACUGAAACUAAGAACAACCACAGCAGCCUUUAUUAACUGUGAGUUUUCGCUGUAACAUUUCAGCUAAGUGUUAUUUUUGAAUCAAACUCUUCAGCUGAUCAGCUGUUAAAUCAAUACAAGUGGAUUUUAAGGUGGUGUUGGGACGGCUGCUCCCCCACACUCCCGGGUCAGGUGUGUGGGCGAGUGGUCCAGCAGGUAAGUUAUCUCCUGUAGAGAGGCUGGGGCUGAGUUGAUUUUUACAGUGGCUUUCUGAACGCAGGCCUAGUGUUUCAGCGUUUCAGUGUUUCAGCCCGUGGAGCCGCCUCAGGAGCGCAGAGGUGAACCCCUCUCCUCACAGGUAAACGUGUCCAGGUGUGCGCUAAAGCUGCUGCUGCUGUUGUUGUGUCGUUUUUCAGGUGCUCACGUACAGGAACCGCAUUGACGUGUUGCAGAAGCAGUAAGUAAUGUGACGGUCACCGGUGCGUUCACUGACACUCUGACACCCGCGGUCUGCGUGAACCCCUCCCCCACAGACAGACUUAACUUCAUAACCAAUCAGUUUGAUCAGUUACCUGCAGGAAACAGGCGCUCGAAAGGUUCAGGUUUUAACGAUAUAUUAGCUUAAAUAUGGCAUAGCACAACAUGGAAAUUUAGCUGUGCUCAUUAGCUAUAUAGCUAACAUUAUAAAGAGUUUAUCAGCUAGCAUAGUUGAACAACAGGCAAAUAUUUAACAUAGAAAAACUAGGCUAACUAGCUUACUUUUAGAAAAAUUAGAACUAGCUGAUAAACAAGGCUAACUAGCUUACAUAGCUUACAUAGGAAAAAUAAAACAGGCGAACUAGCUAACGUAGAGAACAAUUUUAACUAGCGGUCACAGAAAAAAAACAAUGCCAACUGGCUAACCUGUAAAAUUAAUGCUAACUAGCGAGUUACACAGGUGAAAUAUUUACGGCUAAUAUUUAGCCGCCAUUUUUCAUCAAAUCUGCGUCAUGUUCUUAAUCUGAGCCCUGGUUUGAUUUUUUUUCACUGCAAAAACAUUAAAUUAAGUGUUUUUGUUGAAAUUUCAAUGGAAAAUUUUCAUUCGAGUUGGUCAAGGCGAAAUUCACCUGACAAGUCGAGACUAUAACUGAAAUCAAGAUAUUUCGCGCCAAAAGUCGGACUGAAUUAUAAUUAAUUAUUGUCCCAAUGCGGCGAGAAGGAUUGACUCGUCAGAUUUCGUAAAACUGGACUCAAGUUUUUUGAUUACGAGUGACUCGUUUCACUUUUGGUUCGGGAUAUCUUUGAGUAAGAUGUUCAUUCAGACUUCUCAGGUGAAUCAAGUCCGAUAAAAACUAAAAUUAAGACAAAAACACUCGCUUAGAUUUCAGUUUUUGCACUGCACUCACAUUAUGAACGUUGGUGUCUACAUGUGUCUACUAAAAUCAAUAGUAAAUACAUUUAUUUACUAUCGUUAAAACACCUGUGACAUGUCUUAGUUUGGUAUCUGUUGGACUCUCCAGUCUCUUCAGGUAAGUGCUGCAUGAGCCUGUUUAUGAUCUUUUUUAUCAAUUUUCUGACACCCUGAUGCAGGAAAUUUAAGCAUUUCUUCCCUUUUGCACGCAGCCCUCCAUCCAUACAGAAAUGUUUAAGAAUAAACGCGAAACACAGAAUGAGUUUAGUUUUUUCUGUCUAUUCAUAGAAAAAUGUUUUAUGUAAAAUGAUUCUUCAGGACAGUUUUUCCCCUCAGUUUGUUUCUUAUUUAUCUUAUUCAUAUUCUUUUAGAGUUGCUCAUUGCAGAAAAAUGCUGUAUGAUUUUGGAAUUUUAUAUUAUUAUUAUUUUUUUUUAAUGUAAAAGAUUAUUUAAUUUUAUGGAAUUUGAAAUAUUUUAUAUCUAAUAACUUUUAAGUUUUAGUAAUGAAAGUAUAAUGAUAUAAAAACAUUUAAUAUAUUACAUAACUAUAAUUUGUAUAAAUUUAGAAUUUUUGGUUAUCUUAAAUUAACAUUAAAGUUAUUUUUCCUUAAAAACAUUUUAUUCGUGCUCAUUUUUUAAAUUUAUAUUUCUAAUCAUUUAAAGUCAUAAUUUGAUGAUUUUUAAAAAUUUUAAGUUAUUUUAUAUAACUGAAAAAAUCUUUUAUCUAAAUUUUAUGUACUUUUAUUUGAUUUGUUAGAUAAAAAUGGUAUUUUAAAAUAAUUUUAAGUUAUGAUCAUUUCAAGAUUUUAAGUCAUUUGAAUUAAUAUACAUUUUUGUUGUAUUAUAGGAAAACAUCCUCAUUUUCAACAUUUACACAGAGUAAAUAAACUUGGUAUUAUUUGUCAAGAGAAGCUUUUUUAUAUCUAUAAUCUAUGCUAUUUUGUCUGUUAGCAAAUACAACAUUGUACGCUAGCAGACAUGCUAAUUGCUCACAAUAUUGUGUAAACUAUUCACUUAAGUUUUUUUAAAAAUAGCUUAAAAGUUGAGAGAUAAGAGUGUACAGUACAAAAAAGAGUAAACAAGCUAAUAUAAAACUUGGCUAACUUCCUAGCGUAGCUCUCCGACUUAAUUUUGGUCAAAUCUUCAUGAGCCUCUUGAAUAAACAGAAAUGGUCGUUUUUCUACGAACUUGUGAAACUCCCUGCAAAGUUCUGAUGUGUUUCCAUGUGUUUGUUGUGUUUUUUUCGUAUUACAGCAGCAAGAAGGGAGCCGCUGCCCGCCGCAGAAAGUAG